UCCUGUUUUUUCUUUUUUUGUUGUUUUGUUUUUUUCCAUCACAAAGAGACCCCAAAACUCAAUGGCGUUGGGAAACCGGUUUAUUCUCUCGUGCGAUGGAGGCAGGUGGUCUGGAGGGGUGGGAUAUCUCAGCCCCAUGAGAAGACUCGGGGACCCGGGUUGCUUCCACAUCUCCAGCCAGGAUGAAGCUGACUUGCUGCUACGUCCACAUUCUGGUCCAACGGAAGGGACGCUGAGUCUAAGAGACUUUUUCUCUUAAGCAAACGACUCCAAAGUUGCAUUCAUCACUCCCGCUAGCACCGUUUGUGAGAACUUGGCCACACUUAGCUGCCAGGGAGACUGGGAACUAUUGUCUCCAGCUGGAGAAACCUCUAGGAUUGCAGAGGAAGGGGAAAUGAAUGAUGCAGGACAUCUGGCAGUCAGCCCUAAGAGAGACUGGAGCCCUCCUUGUGGACCUAGAGACCCCAGCGGAGACUCAGGCUUGGAGCCAAGGCAGACCCAUCAAAUCCUCGAAGCAGUAUCUGCGCCAGGUCAUUGCAGAAUAUGAGGCGCUGGACCGAGAGCUCCCGUGCAUCCGCAAGUUUCCCAUGCCGCCUGCCUCGCAGCCCCUUUGUCUGUGCAUGGAGACCUCACCGGAAGAGGACCUUACCCACCUGGAGGUGCUGGAGGCGCUGGAGGCCGAGUUACCCGGAGCCAUGGAGAGCGGGCGUGUGAGCAGCAUCCGCUUUGAGAACAUGAACGUCAUCUGCGGGACGGCUGGGCGCCGGGACCGGUGGCUCAUCAUGGUCACGGACUUCCAGACUCGCUCGCGCCUGCUGCGCUCGGGACUCCACCUGCGCGGGCUCGCUCGCCCUCUCGUGCGCCACGACGAACUGCUGUUGGGCGAUUACCGCCUGCACCUGCGCCGCUCCCUCGUCCGACGGCGCAUGCUCGAGGCUCUGGGGGCGGUGCCGACGGAGGAAGACUGACGCUUGGGGGCGGACCCCGGCUGCGCUUGCGCACCGCCCUUCAGACGCGGGCUAGUAGCCCGGAACCCGAGAGGAAAGGGGCGUUGCCUCCCCAGGAAGGAGGCGGGGUCGGCUCGAGGGGGUGGAUACUGUGAGUUUAAUUAUAAAGAAUGACCUGGUACAAAA